AAAAUGACAGAAGUGCACUGCUAGGUCUGAAAGCGAACGAAUAUGGACAAACAGAAAGACAUAGAAAUUCCAGACUGGGUCAAUUCACAGAUCUUUGAGGAUCUGCUAAAACGCCAGGUUAAGGAUUACAAGGAAACGAAGUCCCUUAGAGCCAGCGCAGGAGUCGCUAAGGGCGAGAACUAUGCCACCAUAAUGCUGCGGGUUGAGUUGGAUGUAGAAACUGAAGACAAAUCACAGCUGACAAAAGCCUUUAUGCUGAAGACACCCUGUGCUGCCCAUCGCACACACCUGGUUCCAGGAAAUAAUAUAUUCGUUACAGAGCGGAGCAUGUACUUUGAAGUGGUCCCCGAACUGGAGCUAAUGUAUCGCGAUGUGGGUCUUAAGGUGAAAUUCGGAGCUGAAGCCUACGAGUUACCUACUACCGAUUAUUAUGUUCUGCUUGAGGACCUGAAGCCCCAAAAAUUCCAGAAUGUAGAUCGUCUUCGGGGCUUAGAUCAAGCCCACACCGAAUGUGCGCUGCGGAAAUUCGCUCAGUGGCAUGCGGCAUCGGUUGUGCGUGUGGAAACCAAGGGACCAUACGAGGAGCAGUACACGAGGGGACUCUUCCAAAGUCAGCCACUGCUUAAUUCGAUCUGCAAUGACAGCAUUAAGUCGUUGCUGAAGUACAUCGAACUCUACGAAGGACACGAGACGUACUUACAGGAUUUGCAUAAUAUUUCCACAAAGUUAAUGGAUGUGGCUGUUGAUGUGGGCCAGGCAAAACCUAAUGAAUUCAAUGUUCUCAAUCAUGGUGAUGCUUGGAGCAAUAACAUUAUGUUUCAGUACAAUGAGAAGAAUGAGAUAUUGAAUACAUAUUUCGUGGAUCUUCAAAUACCAAAGUGGGGCACAGUGGCGCAGGAUUUGUACUACUUUCUUAUAUCGUCAACAAGUUUGGACAUAAAAACAACAAAAUUCGAUUAUUUCAUUUGGUUUUAUCACUCGGAACUCGUUAAGCAUCUUCAAUUGCUGAAAUAUGCAAAGCCCCUGCCCACGCUGAAAAGUAUAAUCCACGAUCUCUGCAAGUACAGUGUUUGGGGAUUCAUUUGCACCGUGUGGAUAAUGGGUUAUGUUUUAAUGGAUCCCACAGAGGAUGCUGGGUUCGAGGCACUCUUUAGCAAUGAGGAAAGUAGCUUUAGGAAAUUAAUGUACACCAAUCCUAGGUACCGAAAGCAUAUGGAAGUCCUUUUGCCAUGGUUGAAACAUCGUGGGGCUCUGGAAUAGACAAUAAGUUAUAUAUUUUUCAUUUGGAAAACUAGUAGUAAUUCUUUAAUACAACGUAAACUAUUUUAGUUAAUACAAAAACGUAGUUUUAACCCUAAAAAUUGAAAAGUCACAAUCUUGCGAUUAAUUGAUUUUUUUACUAAACAAAAUGACUUUAAUGCUUUUUGUCAUGCUAUGACUCUGCCACUUAAGUGAAGCUGCAAGUCCUUGCCAGUUACGUGUAACGUAUAACGUAAAAAAUGAUAAAAUGCUAAUCUGUUGGAUGAUGACGAUGACUGUAACAAACCCAAGCUCUAGCCACUAAUUAAAGUUGGACGUACAUUUUGUGCACACUCAC